AUGAGUGAGGACCCCAAUAUCGUGUACGUCUUCGUCGAGGACGAGGAUAGCAGCGUCACGAUGGAGGAUGUGAGCGAUUGGCUUGGCAUCAUCGAUGAGAUCGAAUCCAUCAGACUUCAGUUCGACGCCACUUCAGGGAGGACGUGUUUUCAAGUCCGCUUUCGGCGAAGCGAAUCGGCGCAGCAGACCGUUCAAUACCUAAGUGGCGCCAAGCUGAAGAACUGCACGAUGAUCGUCAAAUCCAGAACCUUCCAGAAACGCGAGGACGCGCCCGCCGAGCGAGGCGAUACCCACGAUGCCAGCGCAGCCCCAAAGCGGCCGAAAGAGGUGCUCCGCAUGGCCCCCGUCAGCUCGAGCAACAUCAGCGCCGUGCUGCCGUUGAAUAGCAAACUCCCGCCAGGUCUCCAGAUGGAUGCCGUCUUGGCGGAUCUCCUCCCGACCUUAGCGAAGGAAACGCAGUCGUACCCAGGCGCUGGGGAGCUGAUGCAGGAGCUCCUUGUCGCGCAGGCCAAGCUUGCCGAACUCUUCACAAACGUCGCCGAAGUCGACCAACAAAUCCAACGUAGCAACGAAGUCCUUGAGGAAGCCCUAGCCACGCAGAAGAAGCAACCGCGCGACGCGAUUCAUCCGUUGGAUAAGGCAGGGGAUGCCAAGGGGCAGGCUGCUUCCCCGUCUAAAAUAGCCACCUUCAGCAAUUCCACCGGGAUCGCCGCAUCGCAAUGCUCGCCGCUGGAUUUCGUCGUGUUUUUGACGGAACGGUUCGGCCCUAUUUUGCAGUGCGAGUGCCUGAUGAAUCCACAGACGGAAGUGUAUUUUGUAUCCUUCCAGUUUAUGAUGCCGAGCGAUAGCGACGCAUUUAAGCAACGCAUCCAUCCAAGCGCCGCGGAGGGGUUAGAGAAGCGAAAGAAAUCACGUGUGGAGGUUAGUUUGUAUGAGAAGAUUCUGUCGUCUCAGGAGUGGAACGUCUUGUAG